CUCUCUCUCUCUCUCUCAUAUACACACACGCACGCGAGACUUGUUUAAUAGCAUGGACAAAUAACUGUAAAUUUACUGAAUGUAAACAAUAGAUGGCAGGUAAUUCGCAUCCUGUGCUGCGACCUGCUGUGGGAAGCGACAGUAUAAGGAUGAGCUUUUGGUGUGACUGGGAGUCGAACUAAGCACCUUGUACAUAAUGUCAGAUGCAAGCAGAAACAUGAUGCGUUGUUCUACCUUCGCAAGGUUUUAUCACAAAGAGACUUUUAUAUUUUUCCGCUGGAAUAGAAAGAAAUGGCGCUUAAAAUCAUAAUCGAAAAAUUAGCACUUGUUACGAGGUACGUAAAACAUUUAAGAAUUCGUUUUGGCGUCAAAUGGGUAGGUUUACUCAUUCGCGGAAUGUUUGUUUCUUUUUGUUUCGUACAGCCGCGCCGGCCGGGACAAGCUAGAGAUUGUUAUUUCGGUUUUAAAUCACGCUCUCUCCCAAAUCUACGCGAACGGAAUGCUAUUGAAGUAUUGAGCGUCGUUCUGGUACGACGCCUUAACCAACGUCAUUUGUUCAUCAGUGUUUUUACGGCGUCGUCGUUAGAGGUCAUAAGUAAAAAGAUCGUUAAUAAUCAAGAAAACUCUUUCAUGCACUCGGCUUUUUGUGAAAUGGACGACGGUUGAAAAAAGUGUUAGAAAAUGGGUACAGUACCAAAUUUAGACAAAUUAUGUCGAAUAUGUACAAAUGAAAACACGGAAGGUGUGCCGAUAUUCGGCGAAGAUGGCAAAAAAUUGUACUUAGAAGAAAAAAUCAAGAAGUAUUUAACCAUUACGGUGACGUCUGAAGACGAUUUACCGAAAAUGGUUUGUGGAAAUUGCUGCAGGAAGCUAGAUAGCAUUCAUCGUUUUGUAUCGAUGGCAAUUAAAAUGCAAGACAAAUUGAAAGCACUUGUCGAAGCACGGGGCAAAGAAGAAACGAAAAAGGAACACAGUAUUCUGCAUUCAAUUUUGAGUAAAGGUUCUGAAACUGACAGUGAAGUCACGGAAGUUGAAGUGAGAGUUGACCCGAUGCUUUUUCUUUGUGCCCUUGAAGAUGGUAGUCAUGACAGUGAUGACUCAUUUGAAGCAAGUAGCGAUAUAAACCAGUGUAACAUGACAAAUGAAGAGCAGGAUACCAGUGACAAAGAUGAUUCAAAUGUUACUUGUAGUGUUGAUACUGCUCAUGACAGUGAUACUGACUUGGCAGAAACCAAGGAAGCAGACGAAUGUGAUACAAGUGAAUGUGAUAAUAAAAGUGAGACUGAUGUGCCAACAAACAAUACAAUUCAAGCAAGAGUAGUGCCGGCCCAUGUGAUUACACAUGCCAGCAUUCCUCCUAUUCUGGAAAAAGAAACGAAGCCAUAUCAAUGUACGUUGUGCUCAAGAGGUUUUAAUAAUGAUAUUGGUUUACAAAACCAUUUAUGGAGUCACCUACCAAGGGAUCGUCGUGUUCUUGGUACCAGUGAUGGUAAUCAUAUGCAACGGCACCUUCCAGUGUACUCCUCCAGAGGAGUUCUCCAUACCAAUACUGCUGUUGGAACAGCAGUUCGUUUUGUGUGUCCAGUGUGUGGCAAGAAAAUUUCAACUAAAGGCAAUUUGAAGGUACAUCUUGAGACACAUCGACCCAAAGGAAAAUAUGGCUGUGAUAUAUGUGGAAGGGUAUUCAAAACUCAGUCUAACUUAUACCGACAUAAAGAGUACCAUGGAGGUGUACAGUUUCCCUGUGGCGUCUGUGGCAGGGUUUACCCCACAAAUAGUACAUUGAGAGCUCACAGUAUUACACAUAGUGACUUAAGGCCUCACGCUUGCCCAUUGUGUGAUAAAACAUUCAAACGAAACCAAGACCUAAAGUUUCAUAUAAAUCAGCAUACGGGAGCACGACCAUAUCAGUGUCCCUACUGCCCUAAGGCUUUUGCCAGCUCAGGAAACUGCUUCUCGCAUCGUAAACGUAUGCAUCCUAUGGAAGUGGAGCGUGAUAGAGAACGAGCAGCUCAGCUCAUGAGGUGAGAGGAACAUGUAGGGUAUGGAAACAACUGUGACCUGCACACACCACAGUCCACUGAAGAGUUUUGACCAGUGGGGACCCUAGGUAUGAUAUUUAAGUUUCUGGUUUACCAGUGCUUUCCAGAACUAUGUAUACUUUGAAAGAACUCUUAAUAAUGGAUACAUUUAGUCUUUUACACCAGGCAGUGAUGAUCAGAGUGUAUAGAAAUAAAUAUUAUUUGAAUAGAUGCUUUAAGUGUAUCAAGAACAAUAACAGAUAUCGUGUUCCCAUCUGAGAUAUGAUUGGUUUAGUGUUUUAACAUAUUUUACAAGUUUGAAAGAAUAAUUAUUGUUCGGAUGAAAACAUUGUUAUGUUACUUACCUCUGUAUUUAUAUUUAUAUGAAUGUGAUUUUAACUGAGUUGCUUUGUUACUCCAGUUAUUAACACCUAAAACUAAUUUAUGUUUUGGGUGUUUAAGAUAUAUUUUUAUGAAUAAUUCACUUUUCUGAAUUAUAUUUUUAUCUUACUGCUUAGCUCCAUGAAUGUUUAAUGAUUUGUGAUUAUAGAAUAAGAAUGUAAUAUUUUCAUAGAUGACAAUCAUAUUUUAUAACUCUGUAGGCAAAAGUGUUUUGCAUAUUACUGCUUUAGAGAGAAGGUACAUAUUAAUAGGAUCAGAUAAUGCAAAUACCAUAAUUCAUACAGUUUAUCAUCUGAGUUUAGCUUAACCUUGUUGCAGUUUUAGUUCUUAUGAAAUUUAGGAACUAAGUGAAAGUAGAAACUGAUACUGUUUCUCAAUACUAUUUUUUUGCCUCUGAAUGCUAAUAAUUAAACAAUAAGUCCCAAUAACCCACACUUCUGCAGUCACCUAUGUGAAGAAAUUGGCAUGAGAUAAGCCUAACAACAUAAAUUGUGCCACAUUUUUUAAUUUUUUUAAUUUUUAUUUUUUAUUACUUUUUUGUGCUCAAAAUGCUAGUGUCUCUUAGCAAACCAAAUUUUCUUGAUAAUACUUGGUAAAUAUUACUGUUAAGUUCAAAACUGAUAAGUGAUGGAAGACUCCUCAAAUUUUCAAGCUUAAUUGGAAUCUACAGAGCUAGCUCCAAGAAAUGCAUCUCAGGUCAUUAUGAAAUUCUGCAUUUAUCAGCUUUUUAUGUAUGGUUGGGCUGCUCUGAAUUUGCUCUUCAAGGUGAUUAAUGAGGGAAAUACUUUUUCAUUCCUGACUUCUCUCUUGUUUCUUAAUAUGUUGAGUCAUUUUGUCUGCAGAGUUAAGUACUCUUAGUUAUAAAGGUAUUGUAUUUUGUUAUGUUCCAUUUUCAAAAUUCCUGCAGUAUGUUUUGUGUUUGUAAGCAUACAGCUAUAGAUUUGUAAAGAUGCAGAUGUAGAUGCAGUGAAGUACAACUCAAUGAUAUCUUAAUAGAUUUCAGGAAAUUAAAAAAAAUACACCUACCUCCAUUUUGUUGUUGACUGUGUGUCAAGAAUGCAACCAUUUUAAAAAUGCAAUAACUUAGGUACACUACCUCCUCACUUGCAUUUAUCACAUCUGUGAGACUGCUCUAUAAAAUUUAUAUGGUACUUUUGAUGUUGGAAAUGUGGUUUUGUUUAUGUGCCAAUAUAUUCUUAGUCUUUACAUACUGUAAUUGUAGCUGCCAUGUAUCUUUAGUGUAUUUAUUGAUACACUCAUUUGAACAAUUGCAGUAGUUCAAGAAUAUUCUUGAACAAUUUUUUGUGAUAAGCACUUUUGUCUCUAUAGUGCAACAAACUUAAUUGUAAUGGAGUAAAAAUUAUGUUCAUUUAUUUAGCGUGGUAAAACACACUAUUAAUAUAUAGAUAAUUCUGAAUUAAGUGAAUUAAGCAGUUCUGGUCUUGAAACACUAAGGUGAAGCUUUGUGCUUAGUAAUGUACUUAGCAUGUGGUUAUGAAGAAAUUUUUGAAGCCUUUGAUGAGCAUUCUCAAGGAGGUCCAUUGGUUUUAGAUUAUAAGGCAACAGUAUUUGGCUUCAGGCUAGUGAAAUUAUGUUCCUAAUGUAGGUAAUUUUUGCUUAUAUUAGUCUUAUCGAUUAGAUAAUCCAGUUUUACUUUAAGUUCAACUGAUUUUGCUGUGAAUUAAAAUAGGAUUGGAUGCAUAAUAUAUCUUAUUUUAGUAUUUUAUCCACCUUCAGCAACUAUAACUGAGCAAACCAAAAUAAUCAGCAACUGGUUGCACAAAAGAAAUUCUAAUUUCCUUAACCAGUUUAAGGUGCUUAGUACCCUUCUUCUGAAGAAGGCCACGAAGUGCUUAAAACCACUGAAAGAAAUUAGAAGUUCUUUUAUGUAACUGGUUACUGAUUAUUUUGGUAUACAAAUAAUACAGAGAGUAAAAAUGAGCAACCAUUCACCUUAUAGCUGAGGUGUUAAGUAAUUGAUAAUUUACAAUAAAGAUUUUUCAAAAGCUCAGUGACGUUUCCAUUGCAACUUUUCGGUUGUUUUCAAUGUGAGUGAAUGACAAGCUAUAAACAAGAUUGUCCGAAAACUUAGUAAUAUUUUCAUUGUACCUCUUUGGAAUUAACUAUUACAAUAUGCACAUAAAAGGCUGUAUUAUGUCAGACAAUUUAAUUGUCCCAGCACUACAUCCCAACUAUGUUGCUUCAUCAUCUUUCAGCCAUAUACACUCUAUUCCCACUUGUAUCCCUACUCAUCACAAUUGAGGCCAUCUUCUUGUACACCAAUAUCCUAUACGUUUGAUUGUGCCACUAUUGAACACUUCCUCUCUCAAUGUCCUGCUGAUUCCAAACUUUCCGCCUCCUUCCUAAUAUACCUGACCAACAAUAUCCAUACCCAUAACUACUUUUUCUCCAAGGGAGAGAUUUACAAACAAAUCUCUGGCAGGACUGUGGGCACCCACCCACAUAUCACCUGCCUAUGUGUCAUCUGGAGGAAACCUUUGUAGCCACUUAAGGUCCUGUAUCUCUUAUCUCAUUUGGAUUUGUUGAUAAUACCUUCUUGACUUGGACUCAGGGUUAAGACACACUGUCUUCUUCCUUCCACAGCGUCUUCUCUCCUGUAUCUUCACUUGGUGAUCUUUAGCAAAGUGUAUUGCAUUCUUGGACAUUGAUGUACACCACUUUAAUUGCUCCGCAAAAAGCUCUGACAGUGUCAAGCCCAUUAACCAUCAACAGCACCUCCACUUUGAUAACUGCCAUCCAUUCUGCAGUAAAAAGUCUGUCCCAUACAUUCUGGGCACGCACGGAUGGUACAGCUGCAGUGGCAAGCAAUCCUGCGGAUAGUCUGCUGUGACAUUACCCUCAAAAUCUAGUCUGUAAACAGAACUCCUUGUCUUAUCCACACAAGUCUCUGAUCCUCCAACCACGUCUGUGAACCAGUUGCAAAAGAGCACAGCCCUUAUUAUCCAAUACCAAUCCGACAUUAACCACAUCCUUUGCCAGGACUUUCACUACCAAUUGUCAUGCCCAGAAAUAAAGGACAUUUUUUUUCUAAAUCUUCCCCAUCUGUCUCAAAAUGGUUUUCCCCUGCCUUCUCAAUGUAAGCUACAUCCUAUCCCAUUUUUGAAUGAAAUGUAUUCCCAAUACCUAGUCACAUAGGUCAUAUCAAUUUGGAAGGUCCAGGUGCAAGACCUGUCUUAUGCAACCACCCAGUGCUUCCAAUUCCAUUCCCAUAAUAGACAUAUCCUGCACUGUGACAGGCAGGGCUACUUGUGAAAGCAGUCAUGGCGUAACGCUGCAAUGUCUGCACAGCGUUUAAAGUGGGUAUGACCAUUGCCUGAUUGUGAACAAGAACAAUGUUGACCACCCACUGGCAGAACGUGCUGUUGAAAACAAUUUGCUCAACUUCAGCAGUGUUUUCUCUCUCUCUCUCUCUCUCUCUCUCUCUCUCUCUCUCUCUGUCUGUCUGUGUGUGUGUGUGUGUGUGUGUGUGAGAGAGAGAGAGAGAGAGAGAGAGAGAUUAGUUACCUUUGAAGAAGAAUAUUGGCCGAAUGCUCAUGAGCUCCUGUUGACCACUCAGUGACUCAAUUAUACUGUGAGUGGUUAGCUUUACUCCUUCCCCUAUUAAUCCUCAUUUAUUCAUCUGUUUAAGAAAAUAAGGAAGUGAAAGAGCAAAAUGCAGAAUAUGAACUUAUUUGUUAAGAAUGUAACUCGCACCGUACAUUUACUCCUCAGUACACAUUUUUCAACAGCUCUUCUUUUUUUCUUUAGUUUAUUGUGUUUCCAUAUUGUUUAUUAUGUAUUUUCUUACUUCCUUGACAACUUGUUGACAGUUACCAUUGGCUUUAAUAUAUUUUAAUUACCAUACUGUAUGAUUUGCUAAAUUCUUUUUUCUGAGCAAGCUCACCUUCGGUUGUACCUUCUUCCUACAUGUGCCUUAUUUAACAGCUAUCCAUAGAAACAAUGUUUCAAAGAUGCAAGUCAGUGUGUUUCAGGACUACAUUUCUGCAAUGUAUCUCUGUAGAAUGAUGCAUACUGCCUUGAUUUUUCAAAUAUAUAAUGAGCAUUCAAAAAAUUAUAGCUAGUUAAUUAACAGUAUCAAAUGCUUUAAUCAACACUAAUUAACUUUAUCAAGUGCAAUGGGGUGUUAAAGCAUAAUCUUUCAUUGUGAAUUUUAACAUUUUUCCCACCAAACUGAAUAUUCAGAAAAGUUUUGUGCUUGCUGCCAUUUGUCAUUAACUACAGUCCAUGAUAUUUCAAUUUGCAGAUAUCCAGUGGAAAUAUCAUGCACAGUGGUUAAUGACAACUGACAACAAGCCUGAAACUUCUUUGAAUAUAAUAUUUAUUUCUUCUUUGUUGAGUGGUUAGAGGGGUAGUUUAUCAUAGAGUAGUAGUUUAUCUAAAAAGAGUGUAAUGAAAGUGUAAAGGCAGCUGCUUCAACCAUACUUUAAUACAAAGAUUUGAACUGAAGAAGUCAAAAAUCCCUUCAUUUCUAAAAAAAUGUGGUACAAACAUAUGUCCAGCAUUUAGCAUUAAAUAGGUUUAUUUUAUAUCAUGCAUAUGGUAUACAGAUCCGAUUUUCUCUUGCCUUUUUUUUCUUUGCAAGAAGUAAUUUGAUUGUAACUUGCAAACAAUUAAUCACAUUUGUUGCUUUUUGGCAUUGGUAAACUGGAUUAAAAGAGAAAGAGAUCAGUGAAUAUUUUCCUUUUAAAAACUGUAUUUUAUGUUGACUGCAACUAUGAAAUGAAAUGUAGUAGUUGGUUAAAGGUAUAUUUAUUAUUGCUUUGACUUCCUGCUCUAGGAAUUGUAUAUCGUUAGCAUCCAAAGUAUAAAAAAAUAAUACGAAUGAUGUAUGUACAUAAAUAAACCAUUUGCAGUUUGGCUUCAUUUGAACCAAAGUUACAUUAAGCGUCAUUGUAACAGUUUUUAACUGAAACAUGGCACAUUCUGAACACCAGGAAAAUUGUAUGUAUCAGUGCUGCUCACAAGAAGGAGCAAACAUAUAAGUCCAUAGAAAUGAAAAUUACUGAAUGACUAAAUGCUUUCCCACUUGGUUACAUCAAUACAGAUCCCACAACAUCCUUCCUCCUAUUCUCUUUUGUCAUUAUUUAACUUUAUUCAUGUGAACAAUGAGAUCUGCUCACUUCCUUUUUCUCGUUUUAUUGUCCCAAAUCUUAUUUUGUCACUAUCAUUCAGUUAUUGCUUAUAUGUAUCUAAUAUUAAUCAAUGCUGUGUUUCCUAUCUUUCCUCUUACAUCGAUUGAUCUUAUUGUGUGAAAAUUUUACUGUCAGAAAUUGCAUUAUUGAAUCAUGCAUUGUGAUAGAGGUUGUUCAUCAAGAGUAAAUGAAUUUAAUUACACAUAUUCUGAUUUGAUGUUUGUCCAUUUAUACUGAGUCAGCUGCUCUCCUGCAGUACAGUAUCUCUAACAACUGCCAUUUCAUAUAGGGGAGGGAUUAAAAUAUUUUUAUUAACUUUGUGUUUUAUUAUUAGUAGCAUUGUUCUUAAAAUUUUAUAUAUCUUCAUUUAUGUUGCACCUUGUAUGAGUAAUUGAAUGUUUUUAAUGCUAUUUGCUCAUUUGUCUUUGAUAUGACCUCUUCUUUGCUGCUUCAGUCAGUAUCAGCAGCAGCAAAGUAAAUUUUUGAGCUGUGUGGAUCACUUAUGUGACUCUUUCUUAUGUUUGUAUUCCAUGCCUUUUUCAUGCUCAGCAUGGUUUUUUGUUCUCCUUUCUCUUGUCCUACAUUAUUGGGUCCACAUUCUCUCUGACUGGUGUAACCUUUGAUUGUUGUAAAGGAGACACACAAAAACAAAAUAGCUAAGAAGAGAAAAAGAUAGUUAGAAAUCUGUACAACUAAAGCUACUAAUAGAUGUGCUUUUGCAGUUUUAAACAAAGGAAAGUGAGACACAAAUAAGCUUGAAAACAAAAGUGGAACAUUGAUUAAAUAGAAAGAACUGGGAAAUAGGGCAGUAUGAAAAAGUUUCUUAGAUUGCUUGAGAGAAAGAUGUCUUGUGGAAAAUGGGAACAGUAAACAGCAGGACUAGGGGGCUAUAAAAGAAUUAAGAGUGGUGGAAAGAGUAUGGAGAAUUAGUUGAUUAGAACAAUCUGACAGUGUAACUGGGUAUGAUGAUAUGGGUAUGAUAAUUGUGGAAUAUCGUGUAUCCACUAAAAUUGUCUAGGUUGUAAUGCCACAUUGUUUUCCUCCUCCUCUUUCUUCUUUUUUGUGAAGUUACAAUUUCCGGUACGCUGUGCGGCUUUUUAUUAAGUGUUCUUCAAGUGGCUGAACAAUUUCUAAGCACACUGUAAUGUUGCUUCUACAUCUUUAUUAGAAAAUUGGAAUUAUUGCUUAAUAAUAGAAAUAGCUAAGAACAGAACUAGGUGGUUAGAAAGCUGUACAAUUGAAGCUACUGACAGGUGUGCAUUUGCAGUUUCUUUAAGCAAGGGGGAAAAUGAGAGACAAAUAAAGCUUGGAAUCUAAAGCAGAAUAUUGAUAGAAUAGAAAGAACUGGCAAAUAAGGGAGUAUUAAAAAGAUUUUUAGAAUGCACGAUUGAAAGAUGUUUUGUGGGGAAUGGGGAUAGUAAAUAGCAGAACUAAGAACUAUAAGGGAAUGAAGAGUGGUAGAAAGAGUAUGGAGAAUUAGGAAUGGGUGAAAGAAUGAGACAAGUUCGUUAAUUAGAAUAAUCUGACAGUGUAAGUGGGUAUAAUGAUAUGGGUACGAUGAUAUGGAAUGAUGUGCAUCCAAAUUAAAUCGUCUAGGUUGCAAUGCCACAUUGUCUUCCUCCUCCUCCUCCUCCUCCUCCUCCUCCUCCUAUUUCUUUUUCAUUUUUUGUGACAUUAUAAUUUCAGUCAUGCUGUGGGGAUCUUCAUCAAGUGUUCUUCAAGUGGCUGAACAUUCUCCAAACACAUUGUAACAUUGCUAUAUAAGGGGAAGUGCCUGUACACUUUUUUUGGAAGAAAUUGUAAUUGUUGCUUAGUAAUUAUUGCAUUCUAAUUGGUUGCCCAUCUUUAUUUAUUAAAAUAGGGCUCUAGUAAUGCAUACAGGACACUGAUACCAAAAAUUUCAGAAAAGAAAUAUGUGUGUUUAAUUUAACAAAGUGGCUUCUCAGGAAUUGUUUAUUUUUGUUGUAUGUAAUGGCUGACUGGUUACUUUCUGACAAUAACAUGAACAGCAUUAAAUUGUUCAGAAAUAUCUUCUUUUCUUUAAAAGUAUCUUGAUUGCAGAUAGAAGUUGAGCAAAUCAUAUGUAUCUGAAGUGAUAUUUUUGCCAAUGACCUUCAUUAUUUUUAAAUGAUGCUGUCGUACUGAAGCCCAUCAAAAUUUCAUUAGUUGGUGUCUUCUUUGUGUAUAAUUUUUUUGUCAAGUAUGUGUAAUCUUUCACAAAUGAGUCCAUUGUAACAACUAAAUGCAUUCAGGUGAAAGCAGCAUGACACUGGGAAUAAAUCUCAUUUUAUGGAAUGUUUGGUGCAACAUUAUUUCUAAAUGUUAUUUGUCACUCUGAUCCUUUUUGACUUCCAGAGUGAUAGAGUUAAUAAUUUUUUUUAUCUUUGUGGUCUCCGUUCAACUUACAGACAUAAUUAUGUUUUUUUUGAGGGGGGGGGGGGGGGCAGGGCAUUUGAAAUUGACAGUUAAUAUUUCCAGCACACACAUUUCUGUUUUUCUAAAUUCUGAUCUGCUUCUUGUUAUGGAAAAUUAAUUAUGUUUGUUGCUGCUGCAAAAGAGGUUUCUUAUUUUCAUUCAAUCUUAAACUGUGAAGCAAAAAAACAUAGCACUCUGUACAAUCAUAUAAAUUAUAUGCAAAUAAAUUUUAGAUAUAAUUUUUAGCAUCAAAAGAUGUGGAACGAAACUCAUCUAUGGUAAAAAGGACAUUUAAUUUUGCUAUGAAACUUUAUAUCUGGAUAUAGAUAUUUUUGCUGACUUUAUGUCACCUGGUAAUAUUACACUCCUUUCUUGUGUGUGUGUUGUCAUACUUGGCUCAUUAAUAAGUUUUAUAUAGCACUGGUAGAAAAUAGUGACCAAAACUGCUGUUUAAAUUUCAUAUUCUUUUUAUUUUUACUAAUUUCAUCUUGUUUUCACACUGUUUACAGUUUUUUUCUGGUUCUUGUGGAACAUUUUUUACCAUGCAAGUCUCAUUUAUACUAUUGAGAGAUAACUGCCUAUUUUAGUUAACAUGAAUGUGAGACCACAGACUUUUGGUGGUAUGGAUUUGAUCAUGAUCUCUGCAAUUUUAGUAUUCAUUAAACCCAAAAUAAAAUGUGUUAUGUGCUAUUCUAAACAAAGUCUUAAAGAGAAAAAUAAAUUAAAAAAUGCAAAGUAAGAUCGCAGUAGUCAAGCAUGUAGAGUACUUUAUUUGAGUUUGUAAGUAUAUGAUGUUUGGACGUAGAAAAUUCAGUAGUAAACUAUAUUAUACAGCCAUUAUAUCAUCCAGACAUAUUCAAGUUGGAAUGAAGUAAUCCAUGCUUUGUAAUUUUACUUGUUUAGAGUGCAUCUGUAAUUGAAUUAGUGAAAGCUGUUAACACAGUUCAAAGAUUCAUUUCAUUUACUGACUGUAUAAGUACUGUAUUUACCUGAUUGUAAGACAAAUAGAUGACCUGUAUCUGAUGAAAUGGUUUCUUGAGAAUUUAGACACCUACUGUUGGAAAAUUCUGUUUUAUUCCCACUACCUUCAUUCUGGUAACUUUUUGAAUGGUAGGAAACCCUUCGUUGUUUUUAUGCUGUGCAUAAUGUACAAUGUGUUACCAUGAAACCUUCCCUGCUUAGGUUCCCUCUAAGUUUUCCAUGUAGAACAGGUGUUCUUUAAUGUAUUCUUCUUUUGAUGCCACUCACAAACAAUGGUUUCUAUUACACCAGACAUCCUACAUAUGUUUUGUGGCCUCUGCUUCAUUACUAAAAUUAACUUAAUGUCAAAAUAUGUGUGUGAUCAGUUGAACAUUCAUAAAUGUAUGUAUCCAUGUGAUUGAGUAGAAAAAUCCAUUUUAGAGUUGGGUUAAUACAGUAUGUCCUUCAUAACUUUGUGUCAACAUGUGAAUAUUUGUUUGUAAGUACAGCUUAAUUUAAUAUUAUUCUAAUGAGAUUUACUGACAAGUUAAAUACCAGCUAUAACAAAUAACAUCAUUUGUGUGUAUUAUGUGCAGAAACAGUAACUUUUUUUUUCCUCUGAAAAUGAUGUGAAUUAAGUUUGAUAAAUUGUUAUUGUCUUGAUUUUUUAUAUCAAUGUCUCAUUGGAUUUGUAUGAUGAUUAUGAUCAUCAUCUUGUGGGUGAGUUCAAGGCCAAUGAGCAGAAUGCUCUUAAUAGAUGACAUUAGUGUUUGUCAUCUUUCCGUUACCUGAAAUUUGGAGAGAUGGACAAAUUAGAAGUGUGUACCAUUUCAAACAUGAUUUUUGACAUCAUCAAUGAAAUGAACACCGAUAUUCAGUUGUAUUUUUCUGGUAGAACUCUGAAUAUCAUUCAGUUAAUUGCAUUAUGAUAAGGGAAGUUGCUAUUCACCACACACACGCACCAACACACGCGAACUUGUUGCUAUGGUGUAUAGCAGCUAUCCUUUUCAUAAUAUUGUCAUUAUUCCAUCCUGGAUUUUCAGUUGCUUGAUUCAGAUAAUUGUAAAUAAGCUAAAGUAUCAUUUGCAAGAAAGUAAGUGAUGUACUGUUAAUGCAUUUCUAAUUGGCAACAGACAUCUCUUAAAAUGUUCUUCAUUGCUUACAGUACCUUUAUCACAAAACUUGUUAACUAAUUACUGUAUAGCUUUCUGUUUUGUACUCUCUUUUGUGUUACUGGUAUUUAAGUCUGUUAAAAUGGAAGCCAUUAUUUUCAACCAUCUUCAAUACUUGUUUGUGAAUUUAAGAAAUAUUUUGUGUUAAAAAUACCUGGUGAAAUUUUCUGGCAUGUAUUAAUUUCUGUGGAAAAAUCUUAGUUCUGAAAAAAUGUUUAAAAUUUCAUAAAAGUGAGCCCUCUAAAUAUUUUUUUCAGAAGUGUGGUGAUAAAUUCCAUGCAUGAUGUAAUGUUAAAUAAUUUUCUUUAUUCUGAAUUGUAUGCAUAUAUUCAUAAGCAUUGUUACAAGCAGGAGUGUUGUUAUUUUGUUGUGAUCAAUGCUGUACUCUGUUAUGGAUAAGUAAACUGUAAUAUGUAGUGACAUAAGUAUUAUACUUUUGCAUGGUAGUUGGAAAGUAUAGAAAUAAUAACUGAUAAAAAAAGUUAGGAACUGUAAUGUGAUACAUUCAGAUAUAAAUGCAAGGCAUUUCACUGAUCUUGUAAAUGAAACUAUCUUACAGAUAGUAAAUGGUGUGUAUUCUCAAAUAAAAGUGUUUCAUUUACAGUUUGAGAAACUCUUGUUCCCAUUGUUCACUUGCCAGAGUUAAACUGGUAGGUACUGUAAGAAUGAAGCAAGUAGAAAUAAUUUAGGCUUGUAGUGAUAUGGACUUACCUUUUUUGUGUAUUUUGGUAGCAGAGUGAAUAUUUCUCUUUGAGGAAAAUGAAGGCACGAUCUAAUAAUGUAUCAUACUGACUACUUCAGCAAAUUACUUACUUGAAGAAGAAGAAGAGGAAUUAACUCAUUAGUUAGAUCAUGUUAGUAGCUUUGAAUUUACAGAGAGUGACAGGAAACAAAACAUUUUAUUUACAGACAUGGUUUCUGAAGAGUUCUCUUUUCUAACUAUAUUUCUGUAUGUUUUACAAUUUGAUUGUUAUUGAGAAUGAAUGUCACAGUUUCAUCUCAUUUAUAUCAGUGCAUCAAAGUUUCAUUGCUUCACCUGAAACUGAAAGAUUCCAAUAAAAAUUGUGAGUAAUGAUAAUUUCUGGAUAUCAAAUAGUGUAUAAAGGUUUAUGUAUCAAGUUAGAACAUUUGUUACAGGAUUUUAUGUUUGGUGAAGGAUAAAUUAUUUUCACUAUAAUUUUCAGACCAUCCUUUUCCAUUCACAAAAAUUGUAUGGAAAUGACUAUUGGUAAGACUGUUUAUAAGCUUGAAUUCCUCUACCUCUGAUUUAUUGUUUUAUCCAUUCUGUUAGAUAUAUGACAAAAGUUAUCUUUUACUAAAAGUUAGAGACAAAAUUGAUGAUAUGUCCACAUCAGUAUACCAUAUCUCCAUACUUUUCAUACUUUUCUUCAAAUAAAAUCAAAAGAAUAACCAAGGCAACCUUCGACAUUAAGUGAUAGACAGACACAUCAAGGAAAAAAGAUACAGGUGUGGCGGUGGGGGGGUAUGGUGGGGGGGGGGGGGGGGAGGUAUCCAUAUGGCAUGGUAUGUGAAGAAGCGAAGAAGCCACUAAAGUGUUGAUGGCCAGUCAUACGGAUGAAAAAACUAUUUACAGGUCAAGCUCAUAUUAAAAGCCUAGCUGCAACAGACUUGAUAUAUAGUAUGAUUGCUUGCACUAGUGACAUGGCUUGUGAUGUGAUAAAAGAUAUUUGUGGCAGAAUGGGAGUAUCAAAUGUUGUAUGAUGCAUUGUGUGGGUCUUCAACUGGUGUGUGUGUGUGUGUGUGUGUGUGUGUGUGUGUGUGUGUGUGUGAGUGAGAGAGAGAGAGAGAGAGAGAGAGAGAGAGAGAGAGACCCCCUGUGCAUGUGUGUGUGUUUGUGGAGGGAGAGGGGGAGGGGGAGAUGGGAUACCAUUUGGGAGAGCUAAGCUGGAUCUCAUUGAGAUGCAGUUCCACACCAAGUUAAUGUUUCUUAACAUUUGGGUAGCAAGUGUGAUUGAAAUAUUAGAAGUUUGAGAGGAUAUUACACAGGAGCUCUGCAACUGGGUCAGGUGGGGUGACAAAGUGUUUUGCAUUCUCAGUAAGGAACUGGGCUAUCACUGUGGCUGUGAAGAGUGAAUGGGAGAGGCCAUUCAGUGUCAAAUGGAAGGUAGAUAACAUGGUGGAAGUAUUGUUGAUUGUUGGCAGAUUUGAUGAGGAGAGAGAUUUUUAUAGAACCAUGGUUAGAAGUAACUGGCCCUAAUGGGUCAGUCGGGUUUGACUGACCGUCAUGUCUUCCUCUGACAAUGGCAUUAGAUGCGGUAUGGAGGGGUGUGCAGUCAGCACACCACUCUCCUGGUUGUUGGUGGGUUUAUUGACUUUGGAAUCGCUACUAAGUGGUUGAGUGGCUCCUCAUUUCUCCUCAUGAGGCUGCGUGCACCCCAUACCAGUCUUCCCACCAAGGAAAAAUCCUGACAGUACCAGGGAUUGAACGUAGGUCAACCACAUGGCAGUCAGCCACACUGACCACUCAGCUACAAAGGUAGACACAGAUAGAAGUGUAUGUACAUAAUAGCAGCUAACUGAGACAAAGAGGACCAGCUGAUAUAGAUAAUGAGAUGGCAUUAAGGUAAUACAGGAAGGGGACACAUUUUGAGUCCCUUUCAGGAAUGUAUCAUCAAUGUGUCUUCACCAGAUGGAUGUGUGUAGCAGUUUUAAUGGUUAGGAAGAACACCUCCCGGUCCUUCAUAAACAAGUUUGCAUACGAGGUUGCCAUAUGUGCACCCAUAGCUGUACUGAAGAUUUUUUGUAAAUCUUCUCUGUAAAGCUUUAUGUGUGAAUUUCUUGUGUGUUCUCCUUUUUGUUGGCUUUAAUGCAAGAAUGUCAUUCUUGCCUAUCUCACGGUUUGUACGGGGUAGGAGAAAUAAGCAGCUCUCAUCUGCUAUCAGUUAUGCACAUUUUGACAACCAUUUCCUUGGAGAGGUUUCAUAAAAAUUAUAACAACAGGUUUUGUAAAUUUUCUUUGUUUCAAAUUCCUAACAGAAUAGUUCAGAGGAACAAGUCGUCAUGUCAGAAACCAAAUUCAUUUCUAUCAUAAUGUUGUUGUUCAUCAUUGGUGUUCUUUGGCUUUAGUGAGGAGGAUUAUUCACUGUAAAGAAUGAUGUGAUACUUGCCUCAUUACUUCCAGUACUCACACCUCUUCUCCGUUGUUACAGAUCUUCUAUUUCAAAACAAACUGACCAUUUGUAUCAGUGCUGAAAGUUUAUUGUAAGGGUGAAUUUGCAAGAAAAUUUAAUACAUCUGGUGUAAAGACUGUAUAGCCCAAAGAUUGCUGUGGUUGAUGAAACUAACAUGAGUGAUGUUAAUGUUUCAUGAUAGGUUUCAUAUUUGACUCCUUCACUGCUAUUUUUGUUAGCUUUUUUGUUUUGUUAGCAAUUGUCAUUUACUAAAGUGCUUGAUUUUUUUUUUUUUUACACACCAUUGUUCUUCAAUAUGUUGUCGCUGUUUUCUUUUGUGCGAGUACUAUAAAACUGGAGCUUUGAUCCUAACUUGAUAAUUUUCUAGUCAUAAACUGUCAGUGUUCAGUUGGCUUUAAAAUAGAAGCCUUUUGUGAUGCUUCUAGUCAUUUUGUGAGGUUACUUUUUAAAUUGUAAAUUUCUGUAAGCUCUCUGUUUGGACUCACAAAUUGCAAUAAGCAUUUGUGUUUGCUUCUUCUCUUCUCUUUUUAAACGUAAUUUAUAUCUAUUUGCAAUGUUUAUUAUGUCUUUAAAUAUAAUUAAAUUCAUUAGUUGCAUGACCUACUAAUUUUAAAGUGAACAUACAUGAUGGUGUAUACUAUUCUGCAGAUUUUAUUCUUUGUGGUUAAGUGAUUAUGCAGUGUCUUUUAGAAUAUUAAGUUGGAAAAUCAUUUUGUUUACAAUUUUCUUUCUGUUUGUCAACCUUUUUUAACUUUUUAAUAUCACUUAGACUGUUUGUAUGAUUUUUAAUAGAAAUUUAAGCUUUUUGUUCCAGUGCUCACAGUUCAGUUUUUCUUUUAAAUUUUGCACAGUUCCUUGAUUGAUUAUGUUGUUAAUGCACUAUUUAUUUCUAUCUGACUGUGUUUUUUGUUACUGGAAUUUGAAAAGAUAUUCUAAAUAAAUCCAACAAUUCUCAAAAAAAUCA